AUGCAGUGAGUGCGAGACAACAAAAUUAUAUUAAUUCGUUAUAAAUGUUCAUCAAUAAUCGUAAACUUUGGUAAAAAAAACACGUUUAAAAUCGCAGGUAUACAGUGCAUUAUACGUAGCCUCAUCAAAAUCAAUAUUAAUCAUAAUUAGGUGCUAAAAAGUUGAUCAAACAAACUUGAGCAGGUGGAACCGAAGUGUAAAUCAAUAAACAAAUAAUUUGAAAAUAGUUUUGUUGGUACCUAACGAAAUUGGUUGAAAAAGUGCCAUUUUGGGAUUUCAUUUUGGGCAACAUUUCACAACGGAAUGAAACCGCCGGUUGCAGUAUUCGCUUUAAUAACGUUGUCAUUGGCAACAUUCACUAAGGGAGACACGCCGUUCUGUGACAAAUGCCACUGUUCAAAAGAAGAGCCCUUGAUAGUCGACUGUGCAUCCGUCAAAAUUACAAACCUUUUUGAAGAUUAUUAUUGGAUGGACAAAACCACCAACAUUUCGUAUUCAAUAGCCGCCCUCAAUUUGUCGUCGAACGAUUUGGGCGACAUCAAAAAGAUAUUCCCCAAGUCCAACUUGACCGUCCUCGACUUAAGCAAUAACUAUAUUCGAAGUCUGGAUGACCAAGUAUUCACAAAUUUGGAAAUGAUGGAAAUACUAAUCUUAAGUUACAACGAGAUUGAACACUUGAAUCCAAACACAUUCAGGGGUAUCCGUAUCGAUGGAGACGAUUAUCCGUUGGAAUCACUAAAGAAAUUGUAUUUGGACCACAAUAAACUUCAUACGCUUCCUCAAGACGUAUUUGAACAUCUUCAAAAUGAAAUAAAGGUUUUGGACUUGAGUGACAACCCUUUUACUGUUAUUGAUCAACAGACUACUAUUGCAAUUGGAAGUCUCAUUUUCCUGGAGGAACUGUAUAUGAAAAAUACCCAAUUAUCGCAAUUACCUGAACAUUUUCUGCACACGCCCAAAUACUUGAAGAUACUUGACAUAUCUGGAAAUUCAUUCCAAGAAAUUCCAGAAACAUUAGUAGAAGCAAAAAGUUUGAGUUCAUUGGAUAUAAGUAAUAAUCCUUUUGUAACAUUUGGAGGAAAGAACAUAUUCCCAAGAAUCGAUACGCUUAAGGUAUUGCAUAUUUGCAAUAUGCCUCAAUUGCAAAAAAUUGAAGAAAAAGCUUUAAGCAAUUUGGUGAAUUUGGAAGAAUUGCACAUAUGUAACAACCCUGCAUUAGACUACAUUGACCCGAAUGUGUUGUCUAGAAAAGACGUGGAGAAUGAGAUAUGGCCACAAAUUCGAAAGUUCUAUCUUUGCAACAACAAACUAACUCACAUAGACAGUCACAUUUUGGCACACUGGGACACGCUGACAGAUUUGGAUAUUAGGGGGAACUCGUGGACUUGUGAAUGCGAAAACCAAUGGUUGGUAGAAACAUUAAUGCCCAUUUACGUUGAAAUCAAUCGCAGUCAAGCUAGUGAAGUUAAAUGUGCGGCUCCAGUAGAAAUGCAACGUUACACUCUGUAUGAACUUUUUGAAAAGAAAACUGAUAUGAGAUGUCUCGACCUAUAUGGACACAGACCUGAGAGAGAUGCCGCCAUACUAGUGGGGACACUAAUUGGUGUACUGCUUGGAAUUCCAUUAAUAUUAUUAGGAGUUUGGGUUUAUCAAAAAUACUUCUAUGGAUAUUUCGACAAGAGUCCGGCUGCUUAUUCUAGACAAUUCUAUACCAGAACAAAUUCUGUAGAUUUUUAAUAAAAAUUAAGUUACUUUGCUAUGUAAUAUUCGCUAAUUUGUACCUAUCGUAAACUAAUAAGUUGUAAAGUUUAGUGUAGCUUUAUUACAGAUAAAAUAAAAUAGAAUAUAAAGUAA